GGAGGAGCAGAGUUGAACCUUCUCAUCUGCUGUAACCAGGGACCUGAGCAAUACUGACAACAUGGCAGUGACGGGCUGCACCAAGUGCAUUAAAUACAUGUUAUUUUUCUUUAAUUUUAUUUUCUGGCUGGCCGGAGGUGUGAUCUUAGGGGUGGCCCUGUGGCUCCGUCACGACAACCAAACCAGCUCCCUGCUCGUACUUAAAUUUGAAGGCCACCAGGCACCAGGCACCUUCUACAUCAGUGUGUACAUUCUGAUAGCUGUCGGGGCGGUGAUGAUGUUUGUGGGUUUCUUAGGUUGUUAUGGUGCCAUCCAGGAAUCUCAGUGCCUCCUGGGGACGUUCUUCUUCUUUUUGGUGGUCUUCUUUGCCUGUGAAGUGGCAGCAGGGAUCUGGGGUUACACGAACCGCAACACCAUCGCUAAAGAACUGAUCAACUUCUACGACUCCGCUUACAACAAGGCCUUCGACGCCUCCUCCCCCAGCAAAGAGUCCGCCGUCAAAAUCCUGGAGGUGUUUCACACCACGCUUGACUGCUGUGGGAAAGGAGAUGACAGUCCCCUCUUUGCUCAAAUCGCCAGCUCUGUGUGUCCCCAAAAGUCUGCAGAAAGCGUCCGGCAAUCUCAAAGCUGUCAUGUGAGGAUGAUCGAGCUUUUCUCUGAGAAGCUCUACCUGAUCGGCCUGGCCUCCCUGGUUGUGGCUGUCAUCAUGAUCUUUGAGAUGAUCUUCACCAUGGUCCUCUGUUGUGGGAUCCGCAACACCCCGGUGUAUUAGGACUACGUGGGCAGCAACGGUCCAGAGAAAGCCUUAAGGGAUAACUUAAUAAUACAUUCCGUGUACAGUAGUAGUUCACCUUCCUCAUGAAUAUAUUACAGCGCAAUGGAAAUUUCAAGUUAGAGGAUAGUGAAUAGAGCUAUAUCAGUUUUUUCUUCUUUUUUUUUUGAUGAAGCUAAUCCUAAUGAUAUUAUAAUAUUACAUGCAAGUGUGUUUGCCUUUGUUACAUAGUCUGCAAUAGUUUGUUUCAAACAGGUCCUCCAUGUGUUUCAUACAGAACUUGAGUUUGUUAUAUAUUGUGAAAUGUGUCUCCAACGUCAUUGACCGGGAGGCACUGAUACCACGUAAGAAGGCAUUUCUCUUUUUGAGGGUGUAUAAACUUGUGUAUAUAUAUAUAUAUUCAGCAUAUUUUAAUACCGCUUAGUCAAUUGUUUGCGAUGGAUCGCCAUACAGUAUACCAAUUUUGUGUAAUUUAAUCAGAAGGGUUUCAGUUGUGCAGGUUAUUGUAUGCCAGUAAUUAUCAGAAGGGCAUAUUGGGCAAGGGGAUGGUAGUUUACAGUGUGCAUGGCCCCCUUCACACCUGACAUCAACAUGUGUCUCUCCAUCUGGGCUGUGACUUAGCUGGAUCACAUGAUCAUAUGUCUGUGACGUCCACACUGAGAUAGGACUGCGCUGUCCUGCACAAAAUGCACAUCACCCCAUG